UCUACCUCUCGUGCUCGCAAUAGUUAGCCGACGGUUUUUGGUUCGGUAAAGUACUCUUCCGGCAAAGCAGCACAGAAAGCCGGCCCGGAGUAUUGGAGCCAUGGGAUUCGCGGCCAACCAGGUAGUUCCGAUUGCGAUCGGCGUAGUGGUGGUGGUGGUCGGUGCGGCCAUCGCCAACUAUCUGCUGAACAACAAGAAGGACAAAUCGUCGCGCACUUCCCCAAAGAGCACCGGAGGGGGCAGCUCGAAGGAACCGAAAACGCUGCUCGAUCCGCAGGAGAAGUACAUGCUGCCUCUAGUGGAGAAGGAAGAGAUUUCGCACGAUACGCGGCGUUUCCGGUUUGGGCUGCCGAGCGACAAACACAUCCUGGGGCUUCCGGUUGGCCAGCACAUUCACCUGUCGGCCACCAUUAACGAUGAGCUGGUGAUUCGAGCCUACACGCCCGUCUCGUGCGACGACGAUCACGGGUUCGUCGAUCUGGUGGUGAAGGUGUACAAAAAGAACGUACACCCCAAGUUCCCGGACGGUGGCAAGAUGUCCCAGCAUCUGGAGGCAUUGUCGCUCGGUGAUCGGAUUGCAUUCCGGGGUCCAUCGGGCCGGUUGCAGUACCUCGGCAAUGGGCGUUUCUCGAUCAAGAAACUGCGCAAAGAUCCGGCACAAAUCUACGAAGCCAACCAAGUUAGCCUGAUUGCGGGCGGAACCGGUAUCACGCCAAUGCUGCAACUUGUUCGCGAAAUAUUGAAACAUUCCGAUACGGACAAAACGAAGCUUUCGCUCAUCUUUGCCAAUCAGACGGAGGACGACAUCUUGCUAAAGCCUGAACUGGACGAUCUUGCGACGCGGUACCCGGAACAGUUCAAGCUCUGGUAUACACUCGACCGACCAAAACCAGAGUGGAACCAGGGCAAGGGUUUCGUGUCGGAUGAGAUGAUAAAGGCACAGCUCUUCCCUGCGACACCGUCCGCCCUGGUGCUGAUGUGUGGUCCACCACCCAUGGUCAACUACGCCUGCAUUCCCGCCCUUGAGAAGCUGGGCUAUCCGAUGGAGCGCACUUUUGCUUACUAAGCAUCCGGCCCGCACAAUCGAAGCAGUCGGGCACCGCACAAUCGAAGUAGUCGGUUUCAGUGUAACGAAGAGCAGCAGUGGAAGCAUAUACUUUGUAGAUGCUUUAAAAAACGGUUUGAUGGUUCUGUUUUUCUUAAUUUUUCCCAAAAUCUCGGUAUUCGUUUCGAAAUCGGAAAAGUGAAAGUUGAUGACAAAACUCUAAAACAUUACCCUAGAACCUUAAUAAAGCCUUAAUAUACUCCUCCACCGUUUAUACGACGAGAUAUUGAACCAAGUUCAGACGGAUUGCUUAAAAAUAUCAUCCUAUUCAUGUCCACAUCACCAAUCCAGUAGGUCAUUAGACGAUACAAUGUUGUUGUUUAGUUGAGGAAAUAGUGUAGAGUGGCUCAAUAAUCGUGGCAAUGUUCAGGAAUAGGCGCUUAAGAGAUAGCAUGGCUGAUGAUUUUGAUCUUUCAGUGUUCUGGGAAAUAAGUAGAGUUUAAAAACAACCUGUAGGAAGCUUA